AUGAGAGCGUCCAGGUUCAGUCUGGCCCUUCUGGGUCUUGUUGCAACAACAUUCGUCCACGCACAACUCGUCGUCGGACCAACAGCUCAACAAGUUUUGGAUGCAGCCCUUGACGCCCUCGGUGGUACCGGUCCGAUUAGUCAACUCAAAGGGAUAACUUUUCAUGCACCAAGAAUCUACCGAUCCCGAUCGCUGAUGCAAAGCUACCAGCUAAUGAAAGCCGACACAUCGGUCAUGACAUCUGGGUCUCAGAACAUCUCUUAUAAGCUUGAUGCAGAGGAUUUCCAACAGAGAAUUGACCGUCAUGCGACUCCAUCAAACUCGUGGUCUUGGGGUUCACCUGAUCUCAAACCAGUUGACUUUUCGCUUGUUGUGCAUGAUGGAGUAGAUGGCUUCGCUUGCUAUGUCAACGGAAACAACAUGAUUCAUCUUCCAGAGAAUGUCACAUUUGGCUACACCGAUGAUAAGGAACACCACUUCAGUAUCCUCCAAGACAUUCAACGUGGCAUUACAGUAAUCAUGGAUUCGAAGUCAAACUUGCCAUACAUCGUACGCACGAUUGAGAGUCAUCCUAUUUACGGCAACGCUACCAAGGAUUUGUAUCUCUCCAACUAUAAGGAAGUCCAAGGCAUCAAAUUCCCCCACUUUAUCCAAACCAUCUACAACUCGACCACGCAGCGUCUCAGCGCAGUCCUAGAAGACUUUCUUAUCGAAGAAGUUACUCUCAAUCCUGACUUUCCCGCUGGCUACUUCGAUGGUAUUCCUGAAAACCAAAGCUUGGGACCAAAGACUCCACCUGCCAAGUCUUCCAUUUUCUCCAACGGUCUUGUGACUGAUUAUAGCUCGAGUAUGCUCGGAUCUGGUGUCGCUCCACAACCUUUGAAGGUCGUUAGAACGGAAAACCCAGUUCGCGGUCUUUCUCAAGUUCACUGGCUUGUUCUCAACGACAGGGAUGACCUUGGGUUCAAGAUGGUCAUCAUUGAGUUUAAGAAAGAAGUGAUUCUUUGCGAUGCUCCACCUGGAUGGAGUGAGACCAUCAUGCAAUGGGUAUCGGAUAAUCUCAAGAAACCAAUCACUUUUGUUGCGCCUUCGCACCAUCAUCGUGACCACUCUGGUGGAGUUCCCGACUUUGUCAAAGCUGGUGUCAAGUUGAUCAUCCCUGAGAUCGCUGUAAAGUAUUGGUCUAGCGUCCUAGGUGCUGAGUUUGUCACAUUCAAUGAAACCCAUCCUUAUAUGCAUAACGACGACAAGAUCGCGGCCUGGUUCAACUGGGAGGAUCAACCGUCGCAUGCAUCUGAUUGGACAUACGUCGUUGUUACGGAGCGAUGUGCUUCUGCUGACUCGCCAGUGGUGGCAUUUGAAGCCGAUUCUUGGGAGGCUGGGCUCGAUGCUGAGCUUUCAAGCCAGAGCCAGAUGAGACAGUGGUUAGACCAGAUUGUCUCGGAUGGUCUGCCCCGACAUACAAUAGUCUUCCCUUCUCAUGGGAAGAUUGCUCCAUUGGAGCAGCUCCUUGAGAUUACUGCCUACCCAUAUCCUGACUUUGAUGUUACAAAUUGGAGAGAUGGUGCCGCAAUCUGCGGCAAGUAA